AAGAUACCUUGGAAAUUCACCGGGGUUGUGCGACUGCCCAGGGUUCUCUAAUGCAUAUCACUUGAUACUUCAUCGAAACUGGGUUUAAAUGAAUUAUAUACGUCAAGGAAUCAUUUCACUAGAAUGUAUAAAAUUAUAGGAAUUUACAAACCUUUCUCAGUAUGGAGAACCUCUGUUUGAUACAGCCUAAUGGCGGCAAAUUUGUGGUGCUGUGUCAGCGAAUAGAAACGAGGUCAAAAGGUCUUUCGAAAUGGCGGACAACAAGCAAUGGAAAAGCGUAGUCUUGGAACACCAAAUAAAGGAGUUUCGCAACAUAACGAACACAUCUUCGGAUACUGCGAAAUUUUUUCUGGAAAAAAGCGGUUUUGUCUUGCAGGAAGCCCUCCAUGAUUACUUUGAAAACGGUGAAUCAUCAAUCAAGUGCGAGGACAGACAAAGUGAAAUGGCAAGUGCACAUCCAUCUCCAGAAAGAACCAACAAAUUUACUCUCUUAACAUGGAAUAUUGAUGGAUUGGACGAAGAGGACUUGUAUCUACGAACUUUGAGUAUAAGUGAAAAGAUCAAUACUUUGGAGCCAGAUGUCGUUUUCUUGCAAGAGGUAGUUGACAAAACUCUUGAAAUUUUGAAGAAGAAAUGCAAAAGAUACCAAAUACACCAUCACGCUAUCGCCAAGUACUACUGUGCAAUAAUGAUAAAAGACAAGAAGACAACAGAGUUUGUUUUCAAAGAUAUUUUACCCUAUCCGACAACAAGAAUGGGGAGGUAUCUACUGCAGAUAGACAUCCUGUAUGAAACAAAACCCCUCACAUUGCUCACAACACACCUUGAAAGCACAAAACCAUCAAAGCAUGAAAGAAUUAGACAACUUGAGUUUUGCUUUAGACAGAUGACAAACAUUGGUGAAAAUGCAGCUGUCAUUCUUGGUGGAGAUUUGAAUCUGAGAGAUGAAGAGUUAAAAGAAAUAGGUGGUAUUCCAGACGGCAUUUCUGAUGCAUGGAUAUUGUCAGGGAGUGACCCCCUGAGAAAGUUUACAUGGGACAUGACACAGAACGACAACAAAGAAUUCAAUGGCAAAUGGAAGCCAAAGUGCCGAUUUGACCGCAUAUAUUAUAGAGCAUCCUGCGAUGGAAAUCUGAAGAUUUCAAAAUUUGAGUUUGUGGGAAAGGAGCGGCUGGGGUCGUGUGACCGAUUCCCGAGUGACCAUUGGGGAAUCCUGUCUGAAUUUUCCAUUGAUGGUUGAAGGCAGAAUAAUUCUUGAUGCGACGUCCAUCAACCAUAGACAAUAUAUUUGCGUUGCAGAAACAGAUAAUUUUAUUUGUUAAUGAUGAUUUUUUGCAUAUGGAAAUUUGCAAUGCCUCGUAAGGCAAUCUUUGAUCAGCUAGCCGGCUCCUAACCCUUUUGUGAUUACAUCUUAUCAGUCUCUAAACCAAAUCUGAACAUUGUUUUCGAUGACAAUAACCAAAGGCUUCUUUCCGGAAUAAGAUAAUACGUUCUGUUUUUGAUACUGAAAAUGUCUUACAACAUUAAAAAAUUUGUUAAAAAGUACUUAAUUAGAGAAACAAGCAAAAGAAACCAAAUCACGUUAACCUUCACAAGGAGAUGGGAAUAUCAAUUUCGAUGACAUAAUUCAUUUUAAUAUUUAUACUGAAAUAUACCUAAUAGAUUAGAUUCCUUUCUUUUCUUUAGGAAAGUCAUCAAAAUUAUGCUAGCGAUAUCCUACUACAAUAAAAAAUUAAAUGUUGAUGGCUGCGUACUUUAGGCCAGUGAAAAAUUAUCUGCCCGAAAACUGAUUGGCCUACUAGUUUGUUUGCGAAAUCACACUGUUAUUCUGUGGUGUUAUCCCGCUGCACACCAAAAACAACACGGCAUACACAGUAAAUUUCCACAGAGCAAAGUUGGUGUAAAUACAAUGAAAACAGCACUUGCAAUAAUACAGAAUCCAACAGGGUUCUUGCAAACAGACUGGAGCCACUCAGCAAUGUUAUGAUCGCAAAGCAUUGUAGGUCUAACGAGCAAAAACUCAACAAAAUACCUUGAAGAUCAUUGGCUCACAUUGUGAAAAAUGACAGAACAUUUGUCGUUUCCUUCAGUUAUUCCCUUAACGCCGACCUAAAACCAUAAGUUCCAUUGCAUGUUUAGUGACAAUAGUUGAUGUUGAUGCCGCUGGUUUGUUAUGAGAGUUAAAGUUGAAAUUUGCUAUUAGAAAAUGAUUAUAAUCUAAAGUCUUUUGUGUGUACCCUUCCUUCAAAGCAAUAUCAACAUUUUCCACUUGCGUUGCAACACAUUAGCAAAGAAGAUUCUUGUAAAUUGUUCCUCUGAUGCCGCACAGCAAUUAAAACGAUACCAUUGUCCUCACUUUUAAGUCCUCUGUCUAUUAACAGGUCACUAUCUGACCAAAUAGAGU